CCUAUGGAUUUUUUUUUUGUUUCACGGAUAGUUAAACCCAUACUAACCCUAACCCAUGGGUUUUAGCACCCGCAUAUAGAUUGAACCCGUGGAUAUACGCAUGGGUUCAAAUGUACGGUCACCGUGUGCGAUAUGUACACAAGCCUUUCGAAGGAAAGUACGAACUGCGCGAGGAUUUUCUCGGUUUUGUCGAGGCUAAAUCCUUGACAGGAGAAUAUCUGGGGAACCUGUUGUUGAAAACUUUGGCUGAAUGGGGAUUGGAGUUGAAUCAAUUGCGUGGCCAAGGAUACGACGGCGCCGCCAAUUUGUUAGGGAGUUUCCGCGGUGUACAAGCUUGGAUUAAAGAACAAUACCCCAAGGCGUUAUUUACCCAUUGUAGAUCACAUUGCCUAAACCUCGUCAUUGGUCAGGCUUGUCAAGUUUUUUCUAUACAAAAAUCCCUCCGUUUCAUGAAGGAAGCGAUUGUUUUCAUUUCCAAUAGUCCAAAGCGAAUGGCGUGCUUAACGAAUACUAUCACGGCCCUCACACCCCAAAGUCGGCACACCCGGCUAAAAUCGUUGUGCGAAACGCGAUGGGUGCAACGACACGAAGCAGUGGCAGUUUUUCACGAGCUGUAUUCGCCAGUUCUACAUGCACUCAAUGAAAUUGAAAGAACAUCUGAUUCUGUAUCAUCCGACAAAGCAGAUUGCUUUACAAAUGCGAAUGAGGAAAAUUGAAUUUGUUUCUAAUAUAAACAUUCUGGCUCACACAUUGGCUCUCACCCAUAGUUUAUCAGUCGCCCUACAAUCAAAAACAAUUGACUUGAAAGAAUGCGCUGAUAUGAUAAAAAAACGUCUAAAUUUGUUUGGAAUCACGACUGGCAAAUGCAGAAAGGGAGUUUGAAAAAAUAUCCAAAGAUAUAGAAACAACCCUGGAAAAGGAAGAGAUUUCCACUACAACAAGGGGAUUGCGCUCGAGUGCGACUGAAGAUGUGAAAACCGCUAUGCUGCUACGGAAUUAUAAGCCCUUUCUGAGGUCUAUUGUGGACUGCCUAGAUGCUAGAUUUGGUGACUCGUUCCAACAAGCAACAAAAAGUUUUUCAAUCGUCCCUUAUCAUAUGAGAACACACCCAGACACAGUUUUCGCGAUGGAACAUUUCCAAACAUAUUCCGACGAGCUGGAUUCCUGGCCGAUAGUCGAAGCUGAAAUAACGAUGUGGCAGCAGAAGUUUGCCGACGUACAUGUAAAUGAUCUUCCUGCCAACGCAUUCUCCGCACUUGAGUUUGCUUCGCUCGAUUUUUUUCCAAAUAUUCAUAAGCUUCUUCAGAUUCUGUCAACUCUUCCCGUGACAACAGCUACGGCGGAAAGAUCAUUCUCAUCGACGCGAAGACUAAAAACAUAUUUGCGUAACACCAUGCAAGAAGAGAGAAUGAACGGACUUGCGUUAAUGGCCAUACAUCGAGAUGUUAAAAUCGAUUCCAAACGAGUCGUGGACGAUAUGGUGUUAUUCGCUCAUGAACCUGGUGCCAUCGCUUGUUAA